AUGAACAUGGAGAAGCUGGGCUCCACAGUGCCCUGUGUUCACAGGCUCCACAGUGAGACGAAAUGUCCUGGUUUAAAACGGACAUUGAUCAGACCUGCUGGGAAGGCGAGCGGGAGGCAGAAAGUCACGGCUGCUUCCAAGUUUCUGUUGGCAGAGAGGGCAGAGCUGACAACUCCCAGUGAAAGAUGUUUUCACUGUGGCGCAAGAGCAGAGACAGGGCCAGCCUGGCACCCCAGCCCCGCUCACAGCUCUAGGUUGAUGCUUCUCAGAGGGAAGAGCUCUUUCUCUCUCAAGCGUUUCAAUAAUCUUAUCCUAACCUGGCACAGAACCUCACCCUUCCUGGGAACACAGGAAGGUUUGCUACUUGAUGUCAGUAAAAUCCAACUCCUUAAGGUCUCUCCUGGGGUCCAUGGGGUGGAGUUCAUUCCACACCAUUCUGAGACAGAGUCAGAGGAAUUUGCUGGGUCUUCUCUGGCUCGGAAUAAGUCCACCAGACAUCUCUACCUUAUCCAGAAGAGAGUCAUUUAUUUUCACAAGUGCAUAGCAGCCGACACCACCAGCACUAACCAGAUUGGAUUCUUGCUCCACUCUCGGGGCCCUCAUUCAAGGUUGGUCUGUUCCCGCAGGCCUUCUGACAAGUGCCACAUUUUGUUCCUCUAA